UGACGCGCUGGCGAUGAAGCUGUGGGAAACACAGGCUGUCAGCAUCGCCAAGGACGCCGACGCAGGGGGCCAGAUCAAAGUUCCACGCAGUCGAAAGCGGAAGCAGCGGAAGCAGCGGAAAGGCGCUGUCAAGGGCAAGGCAAAGAGCAAAGCGCGUGCCAAAGCGAAAGCAAAGUCAAAGGGGAAGGCUAAGGCCCGCCCCCAGCGACCCCGCACAGCGCGCCCCGUGGUGCGCCGCUUUGCGCAGCGCACCGCAAAGAAGGCAGCGCAGCGGGCGGGCAAGCAGAACGGGAAAAGGAAGGCGCAGAGAGUGCAGGACUGGGAUGGCAGCUCUGAGAAUGCCUCUCCCAAUCCGUCCGACGUUGAGAAGCUGCUGGGUGGUCCCUCUCAGAUCUCUCGAAACUUGGCUCCGUGGAUUGCGAAGCAGCUGCAGCUGGAGGUCGGCUGUGUGGCGGGCGCGGUGCAGUUGUUCCAGGAAGGAAGCACGUUGCCUUUUAUCGCCAGGUAUCGCAAGGAGAAGACGGGCUCCAUGUCUGAAGAUGACCUGCGACGCGUGGAGCGGGAGAUCUGUCGAGUGAAAGACUUGGAGAAGAGGCGUGGACGGGUGGCAGUGGCGCUGAACCGCGGCAGAAAUCUCACCCCAAAGGUGCUGGAAAGUUUGCUGCAGGCUGAAACCAUGGAGGAAGUGGAAGAGCUUUGGGCGCCCUUCAAAGCCAAGCGCCAAACCCGAGCACAGAUGGCUAAAGAAAAGGGCUUGGAACCCUUAGCAGCGUUUCUGGAAGAAUGCGCCAAGGGCGAAGUCACCGGUGUCGCACCCGUCCCCGUUGUUUCCGUCCCCGUGAUCGACCUUUGCAACGACGGCGCGGAGCUGCCGCCUGCGGAAGCACCAGCGCCGCCAGCGCCGCCAGCGCCGCCAGCGCCAGCGGCGCAACUAGCAGCAGCGGCGGAGCUGCCUCCCAUGGAGGCGGCAGCGCAGUUCAUCGGCAAAGACGUUCCAGAUGUGGCCACCGCGCUGGCAGCGGCGCGAGACAUUCUGGCAGAGCAGUUGGCUCAUCGACCCGAUCUGCGUCAAGUGGCACGCGACAUGCUCCAAAAGCGGGUGACCCUCACAUCUCGACGUCGUUCCGGUGGAGACGCUCAAGAGGAACAGCGCUUCAAAACCUACUGGGAAUUUGAUGCUCCCGUGCACCAGGUUAAGCCGUAUCAGUUUCUGGCGAUGCAACGAGGUGAAGCCGCCAAGUGCUUAAGCCUUGGCUUCCUGGUGUCCUCGGAUGACACCCAGCAUCUCAUCGACCAGCUGAUCGCUGUCUUCCUGGGGAAGCCGCCCCCGCGACCGAAUUCAUCGCUGGUGGAUGCGCCGACCCCUUUGAGGGCUGGUCUCCCUCCAAGAGCGCGCCGUGCGAAUGGUGCCUACCAGAUGGAAAUCCGCACUGCCAUGGAAGACGGUUUCAAGCGGUUGAUGCUCCCAAGUUUGCAGCGGGAAUGGAGGAGAAAGUUGAAGGAACGAGCUGAAGACGAAGCCUUUGACACCUUUGGGCGAAAUCUCAAGAAGAAAUUGCUGAGCCCACCGUUGCGGCUACACCCCGAAUGGGGCUCCGAUGCCCAUAGGCCCACCACGGCCAUCAUCGGAGUGGAUCCUGCCUUUCGCACGGGCUGCAAGUGUGCUUUGAUCUCCUUGACAGGUCAGGUGCUGUCCACCAAGACCAUCUUUCCUCAUCCUCCGCAGGGACAACACGUCGCGCACGUCGCGGCCGAACGGGCCUUGACGGAGAUGUUGGAAGAGGCGAUGUUGGAAGGUGGUGCCAACAUGGGAGAGGAGCCCCCCACCAAACGCCGCCGGACGGCCACGGGGGCCGCUUACGACUGCCGGGUGGUGUGCAGCAUCGGUAAUGGUACCGCUAGUCGCGAGACUGAAGCGUGGUUGAGAAAGCAGUUCGCAGACCAGAAUGGCUUGGGAUAUGCCAUUGUGGAUGAAGCAGGGGCAUCUGUCUAUAGCGCUUCGCCUCUGGCAGCUGCGGAAUUGCCGGACUUGGACGUCUGCCUCCGUGGUGCCGUCUCCAUCGCCCGUCGCCUAUUGGAUCCCCUGGCGGAACUGGUGAAGAUCGAUCCUCGGAGCAUCGGCGUGGGACUCUACCAGCACGACGUGGAUCAGAAACGCCUGGCCGAGGAGUUGCGUGGCGCCGCAAUGUCCUGCGUGAACUCCGUGGGCGUCGAUCUGAAUACAGCCUCCCCGGCGCUGCUGGAGCAUGUGGCCGGGCUCAAUGGCCGGUUGGCAAGGAGCAUCUUGAAACAUCGGGAAGAGAAGGGCGGCUUCAAAGAUCGCCAGGAACUGCUGAAGAUCAAAGGUUUUGGCCCCAAAAGUUUUCAGCAGGCUGCCGGUUUUCUGCGCAUUUUUGGGGGUUCCGAACCGCUGGAUGCCCUUCCCAUCCAUCCUGAGAGCUAUGCAGUGGCCAAAUCCCUGCAAGACUCGCCCGGUGACGCAUCGGAAGCAUCGGUGGAAGCGCUGGCUGUGCAGUUUGGCGUGGGAGUGGAGACAAUGCGCGACAUUCGCGGCGCGCUGGUGGAGGGUGCCACCUCCGAUCCCAGGCGUCAAGAAGCUCCGAUGAGAAUCAAAGAGCCUGGUAAGAAGACAACCCAGGUCGGUUCCACCGCCAUUGAUGCACAAGAAGAGGGUAUCACCGCAUCACAGCUCACGCCACAGAUGCGACUGCUGGGUGUGGUGAAGAAUGUGGUGGCCUUCGGCGCCUUCGUGGAUGUCGGGGUGGGCCACGAUGGCCUCUUGCACAUCUCGAAUUAUCCACCGGAGCUGCGCGAGCGCUCGGGCCCCUCCGUGAAUGACCAAGUGGAAGUCACCGUCCUGUGCUGUGGCCGAUUUUUUGGGGGAAUUCCUGGGGCGACUAAGUGAACAUUUGUUUCUGGCUGUGGUCUGCGGAGCGCCGUCAAGAACGAGGCAAGGACAAGUGGCGAAUCGGCCUGACCAUGAGGUGAUUGGAGGCUGCAGAUUUCAUCAGAUUUCAUCAGCCGCACCACGGCUGGCACAGCUGGUGCUUUC